AGCAUCAGAGGAGGAGGAGGUGUUCCUGGCAGCCAUCUUGGAUGUGCGGAGUGAUUGUUUAGCGAGAAGAAUUGACAUUUUAAAAAAGAAAAAGAGUCUUUAUAAUAAUUCAUAGAAGAUUUCCGGGAGUGGGAGGACCGAGGAAACACACCUGAGCCAGGAAACAUCCAGUGAAAGAAGGCAUGAAGACAUCAUCUUAGCGAUUAGUCAUGGCCGAUAAAAGGAAACUACAAGGUGAAAUAGAUCGAUGUCUGAAAAAAGUAGCGGAGGGUGUGGAACAGUUUGAAGACAUUUGGCAAAAGCUUCACAACGCAGCCAACGCAAACCAGAAGGAGAAAUAUGAAGCGGACCUCAAGAAAGAGAUCAAAAAGUUACAGCGUCUUCGAGACCAGAUCAAGACGUGGGUGGCUUCCAACGAGAUCAAAGACAAACGGCAGCUAGUAGAGAACCGCAAACUCAUAGAAACGCAAAUGGAGCGCUUCAAAGUCGUGGAGAGGGAGACGAAGACGAAGGCGUAUUCUAAAGAGGGCCUCGGUCUGGCCCAGAAGGUCGACCCGGCUCAGAAAGAGAAGGAGGAGGUCGGAACGUGGCUAACGAAUACGAUAGACACGUUGAACAUGCAGGUGGAUCAGUAUGAGAGCGAGGUGGAGUCUCUCUCGGUCGUGACGAGGAAAAAGAAAGGAGACAAGGAGGACCGGAUUGAAGAGCUCAAGAAAUUUAUCGAAAAGCAUCGACACCACAUCCGGAUGCUGGAGACGAUCCUGAGGAUGCUCGACAACGACUCUGUGCAGGUCGACUCUGUCAGGAAGAUCAAGGACGACGUGGAGUAUUACCUCGACUCAUCGCAGGAUCCAGACUUCGAGGAGAACGAGUUUCUUUACGACGACCUCGACCUGGAAGACAUCCCUCAGGCGCUGCUCGCCACCUCCCCGCCGGGAAACUCGAUCUUGGAGGACGAGAUCUUCCAGCACUCCAGCAGCACGCCGACCUCCACCACCUCGUCCUCGCCCAUCCCCCCUUCACCUGCUACUUGCACUACGGAGAACUCAGAAGACGACAAGAAGAGGGGGCGAUCGACGGACAGCGAAGUGAGUCAGUCACCGGUGAAGAACGGAAACCCCUCGUCCUCGUUAUCCUCGUCCUCGUCCUCCUCUUCCUCCUCCUCCUCAUCUUCCUCCUGCUCUUCCUCCUCCGAAGUGGGCGGCGCCUCAGGGGGCAGCAGCCAUCAGGUGAACUCUUUCGGUCUGCUCUCCAACGCCGCCACCAGCAGCUACAGCAACGCCACCCAGCAGCCCCCCCACCCGUUAGUCCAGCAGCAGCAGGUCAAAAACUCCGUCAUCUCCUCCUCCAUCUCUACUCCUCUGACAAACUCCGCCUCCUCCGCCAUCAGUUAUCCCGCCUCCUCCGCCGCCUCUCCCCCCAACGCCAGCACGCAGGGUCUCCUGUCCUCCAGCUCGCAGCCCCUCACUCUGUCGGCAUCCCCGCAGAACUCCAACAGUCUGGGCCUGGGUCUGGGUCUCUCUCUGGGGAAAGGCGGCAUGUCGGGCUCCCUCACCAGCAGCCCCAUGUCUGGAGGUCUCGGUCUGUCGGGGAUGCCUGCGUCCCUGAGCACCAUGGCAAGCCUCCUGUCCAGCUCCACCGCGCCCUACUCUCAGGCGGCCUCCACCGGCGCCUUCAGCUCGGGCCUGCCCGGCUCCUUAGGUGGCGUCAGCACCACCAGCACCACCAACAGCGCUCUGGGCUCCAUCGGCAGCGGCAACAUGACAGUCGGCGGGCCGACAUCCACAUCAGGAGGUCUGCUGGGAGCGGCGCCCGGCCUCAACAGCAUCGGCUCUGGGAUUCUGGGUCUGGGCUCGAGUCAGUCGGGGAUGCAGGGGUCUUCUCUGAUGUCGCUGAGCCCCGUCGGAGGUUUGGCGCCCGGCAGUGGAGUAGGAGUCAUCGGGAGUAACGGAGGCAGCUCAGGGUCGGCGGGGAGCAGCAUGCUGGGAGGAAACUCCUCGCUCUCGAUCAGGCCGCCCAGCCAACAGAAGCAGAACGGCAGCAGCACCAACGCUUCGUGUUUGUCCUUUUCUCUUACAGGUUACAGUGCCGUGGUAGCAGACAGCACAACAGACUCCGCCCUCAACAGUGCCAGCCAAUCACAAAUCAGCCAACCCUCGUGUUUGACCUCCACAGCCAAUCAGCCUAAGGACACUGGUCCCAGUUUACUCGGCUCUCUAAGUCUGUCAUCCAGCUCCCCGUCGCCGGCUUACUACAGCGAGGCCAAAACGGUGAUGGGAGGCAGCCUGCUGAACGGCCCGCUGUCGUACUCACAGCCCACAGACGGCAUCAAGCCACAGGAGCCUCUGAGCAGCCUGAAGUCCAUGGCCGAGCGAGCAGCACUCAGCUCAGGGAUGGAGGGAGAUGUGCCCUCCCUGCACCUCACCUCAGACAUCUUCCCCAGCAGCACUACGGCGCCCUCAGGCCCCCCGUCAGCACCUCAGCCCUCACUGUCAGAGGUCAGCAUCCCCCCCUCGUUGGGGGUCUGCCCACUGGGCCCGGUCCCCCUGUCCAAAGACCAGCUGUACCAACAGGCCAUGGAGGAGGCGGCGUGGACCCACAUGCCCCACCCGUCCGACUCGGAGAGGAUCAGGCAGUACCUGAUGAGGAACCCGUGCCCCACCUUGCCUUUCCACCAUCAGGUGCCGCCGCCACACUCAGACACGGUGGAGUUUUACCAGAGGCUUUCCACGGAGACGCUCUUCUUCAUCUUUUACUACCUGGAGGGUACUAAGGCCCAGUAUCUGGCAGCCAAGGCCCUGAAGAAGCAGUCGUGGCGUUUCCACACGAAGUACAUGAUGUGGUUUCAGCGACACGAAGAACCUAAAACCAUCACCGAUGAGUUUGAGCAGGGAACAUAUAUUUACUUUGAUUAUGAGAAGUGGGGCCAGCGGAAGAAGGAAGGCUUCACGUUUGAGUACCGGUACCUGGAGGACCGCGACCUCCAGUGACCUGCAGCCACAAAGAACAGACGGACGGACGGACGGACGGACGGACGGACGCCAGGCGGGCUGAGGGAGGAUGACGAGCGGUCCACCUGCCUGCUGACAUUCCUGGAUUUAAUCCCAGCUCUUUUGGAGAGGAAGGAGGAGGAGGGGGGGAGGGGCAAACGGCUUUACAAGGACACAUUUAAAGACCCCUCCCCCUCUGCUCGACUCUCCACGCCACCUCCUCCAUCAUCAGGCAUUUUUCUUUUUUCCUGAACUUUAACGAUAACGAUACCCCGUAUACUCUCUCUCGCCCCCUCUCUCUCUCUCUCUCUGUCUCUCUCUCUGUCUCUCUCUCUCUCUCUGUCUCGCUCGCUCGC